AAAUGUUUUCAUUUCCCGCUUCUCUCUCCUUGCUCUUCUCUGGUUAUUGCUUUUCACCUUAACUUUAUUUUCCAGCUUAUCUCUCUUCCCCUCUCUGAUUUCUCUCCUUCCCCACUCUGAUUGUCUGGGCGCGAAUUUUAAAACUCACAAUGCCACUGCAUACACCGCACUACUGUUACCCCACCAUCUCUGAUGUUCCACCACUGCUUCUGUUCCCCACCGCGUCGCCGCUGCUGUUCCCCCGCCGUGUCGCCGCUGCUGUUCCCCCACCAUGUCGCCGCUACCUGUUCCCCCACUGCGUCACCGCUGCUCUUUAUCUCUUAUAGCUUUGUAAUUUAAAUUUAAUUACUUUAUUCCUAUAAGCUUGUUACUGUGAUGACUAAUUGAUAAGGAAAUGACGAAUUUAUAAUAACUGGAAAUCUGUAAAUUGGAAGGGUUAUGUUGUGCUUUUGUUCAUCUUUUUGUGGUUCAUCUUUCUUCCAGGUUAAUCUUUCUUCUCUCUUCUGGAAAUUCUUAUCUGAUUUGCUUAAUUUAUGUUGUUGAUUUCAUCUAUAGCUUGAAAGUUGGAACACUUUAUUUAAAAGUUAGGGCUAAUUGUUGUAUGCCGGUGAAUACUACUGGUCUGAAUCUUCUGAUAUGACUAUGAUCGAUAGCUGGCUGGUUCUGUUGCGUUUUAUUUUAUUUUCCGAAAUACUGCUUCAUGUCAUGUGUUUAUGUGUAUAAAUUUUGGACCCAGUCCAUGAGCAUCUUGAAUAGGAAAUGGUUUGAAUAGGCUUGUGAGUGAUGCUGGUAUUCUGUAAUAUGUUUCUCCUUGUUCGUUGCUUCAUAAUGCUAGAUUUUAUUCCCUGCUUUGGUUUUGAUUUGAUAAUAGUGGUUUAAUCUGGCUGUUCUUUUAUGUAUAUGCAUGAAUUACAUGAAGUGAUGAAUGAGGAUAACAUAUAUUUAUAAGACUUGAAACGUCUUGAUUACUGAUUAUAUUGAGGCAUAUUGAAUGUUGACCGUGGAUGAUAACCAAAUUUUUUAAUAAUUAGAAGUUCAUCACUAUCGGGAUAAGGUAUACGAACUCAUGCUUGUGCCAUUUGCGUCUUUACUUGCAAUCAUUCUCACAUUGAGGUAUAACAUUAUUUAUAUAAUAUAAUGGUGAUUGAUUUUAUUAUCUUAAGCUAUUUUGAUGUCCAUCUGCAGAUACGAGAGUCAGCUUGAAUGGUUCUGUAAAUUCUCCAUUCCAAGAGGCAAUGAAAAGGACGGGGUAUCGAGGAUAUGGAUCUUGUUAUGGUAGAUGCAUGGUGCGUUGGUUAUCACAGCGAGGCUGACAUUCUAAGGCGUAGGGUUGCUAAGCCCCUUAUUUUUUGCAGAACUGAGAGUGAUUUCCCGAUGGAGAAUGGUUAUGCUCGUCCAGUUGAAGGAAUUCACGUUUUUGUUGAUAUGGAAAAUAUGAUGUUGAUUGAGUUUGAGGACAAAAAGUUUGUUCCUCUACCACCUGCUGAUCCACUAAGAAAUUACACUCCUGGUGAAACAAGAGGAGGUGUUGAUAGAAGUGAUGUAAAACUAUUGCUUAUUCUUCAGCCUGAAGGGCCUAGCUUCUGCGUGAAAGGCCAUUAUGUUGAAUGGCAGAAGUGGAGUUUCCGCAUUGGAUUUACUCCACGAGAAGGUUUGGUUAUACAUUAUGUUGCAUAUGUUGAUGGAAGUAGAGGCCAUCGUUCUGUAAAUUCCGGACCUUCGUUUGUCCCCUGCUGGAUGACAGAUUUUAUGGACCUUCGUUUGUCCCCAGCCUCAAAGGUUCUGAAUUAUUGGUAUGAGGUCCUUUUGCGGAUGCUUCCUGAAUAUCACCAUAAUGUGCGUACAUAUGAUAACACACUCAUUACCAAGUUUUUCGGCCUACACGGGAUCAAACCUUCUAGCGCUCAAAAGGUAUUCAAUAAUCCGAGGGAGCGGCCUUUCACCUUCGAGGAGAUAGAUGAAGUUCGAGAAAUGUUGGCAAACUUCAUUACCAGUGAUUGUCUUUAAUAUUUUCUUGUACUGAAUCUUAAAUUAUGGAUGCUAGUUUUUCAUAUGAUUGUAAUGUAAUCGACUUUUAUAUUUCCAAUUAUAUACUAUUUAAUUUAAUUAUCUAUAUAA